AUGACAAACAAAUUCUCCUUCAAUAAGAAGGAGCUUUUACUAAAGCUCGACAUUCUCGUCAAUGUUAAAACUUUUUAUUUCCUUCUUCUCCCUGUGAGAAAACCUUUUCAAUGCGCCAAUUUUCCUUCCCGUUUCACCCAAAAUAGUAGCGAGGUAAAAUGUGCGGACUUAAAAGUAUAA